AUGCCGACAUCUUCUGCGUCGAUGGAAUCCCCGACCAUUGCUGCUAGUGUCCCAGGAGGGUCCUCGGACGACGGCGGCGGCUCCAGUGGGCCGGCGCCGGUGAGGAAGAGGACGCCGGGUAGAUGGAAGAGGAUCCCGCGCGUCCUGACACCGGACAUGCAGGCCAGACUUCUGCUGGGGGGCAUGGAUUUCGAGAAGAGGAGCCGGUGGUUCCUGCAGAAGGCCGACGAGCUUGAGGCGAUGGACCCCAAAGGGUGCGACUCGGAGGAAGCCAAGAUCGGCUUCUUGGCCUUCCAAGUAGAGGUAGCAGCCUCCUACCGCAAAAUCGCCAGAACCAGGCCGCAAGAUAUCGUCCUCCGCCCCAUCCAGCUCAGCGACACCAAGGAAGAGAUGCUGACUGCUGAGGAGAUGGAAGCACGCUUCGCUGAGUGCAAGGGCUCUCAUGUAGCACAACUACAUCACUUUGCUGAACUUGCUUUGAAGCAUUACAAUGCCAAAAAGGCAGAGCACAACAAGUUUGAUCUUGCUCAAGCCUUGACAUCCAACUACUUCUCCGAGGCCUGUGGAACGACAUAUGCUCAUGUCAACUUCACAGCCAUUCCCCAGAACAAUCAGAGCGAUCACCUGAUGAAGAGACUCUUCUUCGCCGAGCUUAUGCUAAUACCAGAACUCCAGUUAUGUGAGGAUGCCGAGCCUAUGCGUGUGCUGCAAGUCUCCACUAUUGACGAUGCUCCUUGUUUUGGUGGAUGCCACGAGAUACGUCGGAGGAUCGAUCACAAGAUGAGGGAGGCUAUGGAUUAUGAGCGCUGCCAUGCAUGCUGCGCCAUUCUCAAGCAUCCAAAAGGAGAGAGUUUUGAAGGAGGGCAUAAUAGCACCAGGACGCCUUACUACUCUGCAACUUAA